AUCGAGGCGGCGAGAGUGUUCGCGUGCGACGUGACGUGACCGGCGACGCAGAGGAGAAGAGUAGGCACCGAGCGGGGACGGCCAGAAGCCGUGCCAACCGUCCGGCGUUACGGACUCCCCGUCGAUUCGCGGAAGGAACAGCAACGCUCGCGCGCUCAAGUCGCUUUCGCUACCGCCGCCGGUGUUUUCUCCGAGUGAUGUUAACGAGCAACGUGUAGGGAGAAUUAAACAAAGUAAACCUGUCGCGCAAUGCCAGCCGCCGCGGCUGCUGAUUUUGCGAUGGACGGCGGUAUUUCGACGCUAGCCGCUGCCGGCACGGCGGCUUUCUCUUUCGAUGACCUGUCCCUGGACGAGCUGGGAACCGACCUGGACUCGCUCUUCUCGAGCGACAGCCUGCAGGACGACGACAGUGCUUCGACCUCCACCUGCCACCAGGCCGUCGGCACGGACGCCGCGUUGUUGCAGCUGCCGGAGUUCGGCAUCUUCACCGAGCCGUGCUACCCGCUCUUCUGCGCCGAGCCGUCGGCCGCCCAGAGCGUGUGGACCGCCACGGGACACGACUACCACCAGAAGGCGGCGGCGGCCGACUUCAGCCCGGAUUCGGGCUACGAGGACGCCGCCUCGGCCACGUCUUCUUCGCCGACGCCCGAAGGGUGCCUCGAGGUCGACUGGUGCGACGAGUUCCCCGCCGACGGUCUGGACGACUUCGUCGUCCUCGGCGUCGGACUCAAGACGCUCAUGUCCAGUCUCAGCGAAGGUGACUCGUUCAGCUGCAACGUGCUGUCCUCGUCUAGUCCCGUGUUGUCCGUCCCGCAACCUCCUCCUCCUCCGCCGCCGCCUCUGACGCGAAAGCCUAACCAGAACUGGCUACCGCAGCGGCAACGAGCGACGGGUUCGGGACGCAAGCCGAAGUCUUCCAACGUCGUCGCCGGCUGUACGGGCGCGACGCCGCGGCGGCAGGGUGGUCGCGCUCCGCCGCCGACUCCCGUCGUCGCCAACGAGGAAGAGAAGCUCUUCUGCUGUUCCUACCCGGGCUGCAGCAAGGUGUACUCCAAGAGUUCGCACCUCAAGGCCCACCUGCGGCGGCACACGGGCGAGAAGCCGUUCGCGUGCCAGUGGCCAGGAUGCGGCUGGCGCUUCUCGCGCUCCGACGAGCUGGCGCGUCACAAGCGCUCCCACUCGGGCAUCAAGCCGUACCGCUGCCAGAUCUGCGACAAGCGCUUCUCCCGGUCCGACCACCUCGCCAAGCACCUCAAGGUGCACCGGAGGGACAAGGUGAACGCGGGACCACUGACCGCUGGUCGGUCACGGACAUCUGGCAUCGCUCGCGCCUGACCCCCCUCCUCUCUCAUCGCCAUCGUCACCUGCCGUUAAUACUCUUGGACCUGAAGUGACAGCGCGGCCGAACCCGCGCGUCUUUGCCGUUGUCUUCGUUGCCAUUCGUGCCCAGUGCCAAUCUCAGGACCCCAUUACUUGCGUGGCGGAUUCCCGCUGGAUAGAAGACGGGUGCGCUUUGCGCUGGUGCCGUGAGACCCACGAACUUUUUUUUUUCUUUUGUGACAUCCCCUUGGUUUCCCCUAGGGACUCGGGCCUGUCUAAUAAAACGCCGUUCAUAUUUUUUUGCCCUCUG